UCAUAGCGAGAAUCGGAGACGUGUGAGCAGUCAGACGCCCAGCUGACUACAGUGAGUCUUGACGCAGGAGGAGCUAAUCAGCUAGAAACUUCUCACCAAGCAGCCUGUCACCUAUGGCUAACCGAGCGGACUUAAAGAGCGCCUUCCACAUUAGACUGUUUUCAUCACCAGCCCAAACCUGAUACUGAGGAUGAAAGUGAAACUUCAAUGAACUCCUUUGGUUUUGCAGUUCAAGGCCUUCCUCUGGCCUUUGUAUCCAUGAGAAAAGCGGUCUCCUCAGAUAUUCGCUUCCACCCAAGAUGGCGUGCAAUAACUGUUGUGACUCUGCUGGCCUUAGUGCUCAUGUUAUAUCUGCACCGAACUACAGGAGACAGAGACGCUCCAAACAAAAGUUACUACCAGAACAGGGAUCAUACAUUUCAAAUGCCCAGUCAGGAUGAAGAUGAUAUAUUCAGGAAUAAAAAUAACUAUGCUGCACAAAGCCUUACUUGGAACCAGAAAAAGGGAAAACCUUACAAUGACACAUACCCUCUAAGUCCACCAGAGAAGACACCAAACAGCAUUCGCUACCGUAUAGGAGUGAUUGCAGACCUGGACACGGCAUCUCGAAGCUCCAAGGAUCAGACGUGGUUCAGCUACAUGAAAAGAGGCUAUGUGACUGUUUCAGACAGCACUGACAGACUAGAGGUAGAAUGGGAUGCUGAUACAGUCAUGUUGGAAAGCCAUCUUGCUGAGAAAGGACGAGGUAUGGAGCUGUCAGAUUUGGUCGUGUUCAACGGUCACCUGUACAGCGUAGAUGACCGCACAGGUGUGGUGUACAGGAUUGAUGGAAGCCAGGCCAUCCCCUGGGUUAUUUUACCUGAUGGUGAUGGCUCAGUCUCUAAAGGAUUCAAGGCAGAGUGGCUUGCUGUGAAGGAUGAGCACCUGUUUGUUGGAGGCUUGGGAAAGGAGUGGACCACGACUUCUGGGGAAGUCCUCAACAACAAUCCAGAGUGGGUGAAAGUCGUCAGCUACAACGGCGAAGUGGAGCAUGAAAACUGGGUGCCAUACUACAACGCCCUACGAAGUGCAGCAGGAAUCAAACCACCAGGCUACCUUAUUCAUGAAUCAGCAGCUUGGAGCAAUUAUCUCCAACGUUGGUUCUUCCUACCUCGCCGUGCAAGUCACGAGCACUAUGAAGAGACCGCAGAUGAGCGCCGUGCUACCAACCUCCUCCUGACAUGUCCCACAGACUUCAGCUACAUAAAGACACAGCGUGUUGGACCACUCAACCCCACCCACGGUUUCUCCUCAUUUAAAUUUGUUCCAGACACGGAUGAUCAGAUCAUCCUGGCUCUAAAGUCAGAGGAGGAUGCAGGCAGAAUCGCCACUUACAUCAUUGCAUUUACACUGGACGGCCGGGUGCUGAUGCCUGAGACGAAGAUCGGAGAUGUGAAGUAUGAAGGGCUGGAAUUUAUUUGAGCUGCAGGGCUGAAGGUGCAGCCUUCUUUAACGGUCUGAUGAAAAGAAGUCAGCUGUUACAUUUGUUUUGAGUUUGCCUAUGAAAUAUGACCAAAGAUUUUACAUUUCAUAAUAAAAUCAUGUCUGAAAGGCACAGAUAAAUUAUCAAGCACAUACCUGCUGACUGGUGAAACUAAUUUCAGUAGCAACACAGCAGUCAUGCAGCAGCUGUCAUCAGUCAACACAGGAAGCAAGAUUUUUCAUGAUUUUAAAUGCUAACUACUUCAUAUCAGUGCUGCUAGAUGUUUUAUAUUUUUUAAACUCAGAGCUGAGCUGCCUGGUUAAAGUUGAGACUAAAGCAACCCUGGUUCUAAAAAAGUUGGGACAAUGUGUAAAAUGCAUCGGAAAACUGCAAUUAUUAGAAAAUUAUUGAAAUUCUGUCUUCAUCCAUGAACAGUACAGAGACAAUAUGUCAAUUGUGAAACUGAGUUUUGUUUUUUUGUUUUUUUUUACCGCAAAAAAGAUUUUUUUCCACUGUUCUGUGGUUGAGACCAAAAACUUCACUGUGUCUUAUUUUUUCCUUUCAUUAUGUGUUAAAUGUUGUUAAGACAGAUGGUCCCUCUCUCCUUUAGCUCGAAGGAUGCAGCUUUAAUUUAUUCAAACUGAUUUCUAAAUAGGAAAAAUACCUCAUUUUGAUUUGUCAGACCACAGAAUAGUUUUUCAUUUUGUCCUAUAUUAAAUUAAAACAGCUGGGACGCAGAAAAGAUCUCUUUUUUUAAUAAACUUUAUUUUAUCUUUAUAGGGUGGAGAUUUAACAUUCGUUAGUGGAUGUGGUGAUAAAAUAUUUAGUAAUGGUUUUCAGGAUAUGAACCCAUAAAAUUGUCAUAACAGAGACAGCCUGUCAUAAAUGCCCUCAGCCUGAAUAUUAGCAUAUUCUGUACUCUGCUUCAUGUACAGAGUUCUCUCCUUAUUCUCAAAGCCUUAUCCCAACUUAGCAAUAUGGAUGUUUUCUUUGUUGUAUAUUAUAGCCAGUUUUUUUAAAACCUGAUUAUGUUCCUGAACUUUUUUCUAAUUAGUUUUAUAGCAGCCAUCUUUUCCCACAGCUUUGAUUAUUUUGUUGUCCCUGACCCAACUUAUUUGAAACAUGAUGCUGGCAUCAAAUCAAGAUAAGCAUGUAAUUAAAAAAACAACAACUCAGUUAAAGCAUUUGAUGUUGCUUUUGUCCCAUUUUAGCUCAACAUGUAAAUGAUUAGCAAAUGCAUUCCU